ACGUGAGUAGAGCAUGUAGUUGGGACGUGUAAAUGGUGGUAGAAGAGCUACUGACAAUUUGAAAUAGAGAACCUACAGGUUUAUAAUGUUUUUAGUUUUGUGAAUAGUGCUAUUUAAAUCGAGAAUGCAUUGGCAAAUGUCAAUAAAUGAUGACAAAUCAGACUCCCCAUCCCAAUCUAGCAGUAUAUUGGUUCUUCCGAAUACAUUUGACAUAGGAGGGCAGACGGGGUUUCCUGAUGGAGAUGUUGCUGGCUCAACCCUGAAUUCCAUAACUUCAUCAGCACCUGAAACAGCACCUGGGGACCUAGAAUAUGAAGAUGUCUGUAUGCAGGUUGCAGACCCUCCAUCUACUUCCUCAGAAAACAUUGGAUUCAGUUCCCACCAAGAAACACUAUUCAGAGUGGGCAGGACUUUCAACAUUGUCUUAUCUGCUUCUGAGAGACCCAGAGAGGGAGAGGAGGAAGAGGAUUUCACAGGGAAAAACAUUGACAGUCUUUAUAGUAAUUCCAGUAAACCUGAAAACACAGAUAGAAUGUUUCAACUGAUAUCAGAUUUACUUGCGUCCAAAGUCUCUCAACUGAAGGAAAAGGGUGAAAAGAAAUAUGUUGUAAGAAGUUUUCAAAUGGCUCAAAUUCUGUUGAACAGCCAUGGGACUAAAAUAUUUCAAAAUCAUCAUGCGAGUUCUACUAAAUCAAGUGACAGCACUGCAGAAAAAAUCAGACCAAUCCCAGGGCUAUCAGUGGAUGUGAUCAAGUAUAUAUUAGACAAUAUAAAGGAAAUAAUCAAAGUAUAAUUAUUAUUAGGGGUUUGCAGAAUAAUUCCCUUUAACCCUUUGCGGUCCAUUGUCGGACUGGGUCCGACAUUGCAAUUAUUCCUCACAGGUCCUUUGUCGGACUGGGUCCGACAUCAUUAUAGCAACGCAAUAAACGGAUGUUUAGUCGUUUUUUCUCCGGAAAAAGCCGAGAAAACCAUUCAAUUGCCGAGUGGGCGCGACAGGAGCCGAGACAAGUCGGGGGGGAAAAAAAAAAAAAAAAAAAAAAAGGCGUAUUUCAUGAAUAGUCAUACAUGGUAUCAGGUAUCAGAUAAUGGGCGUCCAUAGUAAACAAGCUGGCUGAGUGCGUCAGUGCACUGAGACUAUCAUGGACAUUUGCAGAGCUUUUUUCAGAUGUUAUAAUAAUAAAAUAAUGACUUUGAUCGCAUUAUUGAGGAGUUUGGUGAUAAAACGAGUGAUCCGGAGAUGAUCGAUCGGUAUGUACGACUAUUAUUAUUAUUAUUAUUUAUUUCUUACAUAGCUGAACACUAUAGCAAACAAAAGGGUGGGGCGGUGCUGGAGAUGCCUACUGAGUGCUUUGUUGAUAUGCAGGGCCAUUUAAACCCGUUUGACUGUGAAAAAAAUACUUUUAAACAGCGCGUAUAAAAUUAACUGCGCGUGUGAAAAUUAAUUAGACCUGGCGUGCCUGACGCGCAGUUAAUAAAUGGACCGCAAAGGGUUAAUAUGUUUUUAUUUUUGCCGGCAGGUAUUAAAUCAAGCCUGUUUAAAAUGUGUUAAUUUCACAAGAAGAAAAGCUGCCAUUCUGUCCCCUAUACAAUUGAGUAACAAUGAACAGCAAUGAACUUCCAUGUUGACAUUUUUACUGCCGUACCACAGAUGAAGCUGUAAACUGCCACGGAUUCAUCAUGUACACAUGAACUUUCCUUAGCACUGCCAGAAGAGCUAAUCACUCUGACUGGAUUAUCUACUGUUUGGCAUACUCGGAGAUGUAUUUUUUUGUCAACUUUAAUCUAGGACUACAAUCCCACAAUUCCCUGCAGAGAUGACAAAUUUCUAUAGAAACAAGCCCAUUUAAAAUCACCAAGUGAAAUCAAUUUAAGAUCAUUUCAAAUAAAAUAUUAAUGGUUUUAGUUUGUUUAAUCACACCAGGUUCUACUGUAUCUUAAAUCACAUUGUUAAAUUGGUAUUGAUGGGUAUUCAGGAAAUAUGUAGAUAAGGGCAAAGGAGGGAACAUUUGUUUUAGUUGUGUAAUUAACAUGUUUUUAAUGGUUUUAUGCCAUUUAAUUAAUACCUACCAACUUAAAACAUGUUAAAGGAAAUGACUCUGAAAAUCCAAGUCUCUGAACACCCUAUUCCUUAUUAUAUUGAAAUCCUUAGCAGUAUGUUCAUCCACACUUUGACAUACACAUGCAGAGGUUAAACACUGCAAAUGUUUUGUUGUACCUUUUGCCAGAAGACAUAAACUGUAUAUCUACUGCAUAACGAAUGUGUAUUGGAUUUUAUUACAGACGAUGGAGGAUUAAGGCACUUGUUCAGUUCAAUCUUGGUAGAGAAGCAUGUGUGAACAACAGUUUAACAUGUACUGUAAAAAUAAAUGCUUUGAAACUAAAGUUUUACAUUUUUAUGCAGUCACACUUAUAACAUUUACUUGUUCAUGAUGAAUUAAUGUUGACAAAAACUUAAAUAGGAAACAUGUAUAAUGAACAGAUGUUUGUUUCCUAUGAACAAUAUGAAUUUAAGUUUACAGAUGAAUUGUCUAAACUAUGUACAGGAACACCUAUAAAAGUCUGCUGUGUCGCUGAAAAGUUCAGGUCCAAGUAAUGGGGACGAUUGAUGCUACCCACAUUCCCAUCAAAGCACCGCGGCACUGUCUGUGAGAUUACCUCAACAGGAAGUACUGGGCAUCUUUCAUUCCCCAAGCAGUAGUGGAUGACACUGGCAAUUUCAUGAAUAUUACUUUAUUUGUGUAUUACAGGUAUGUGUAUAUAGUGUGUUAUCUCUUGUGUUUACAUAGGUCUUGACAACAUAUCUCUAAGAAAUACAGUCUAUUAUGACUUUUCAUGUACAGUACCUUAUAAAGUCACAAAUCCAUAAUGUAUCAAAAUACAACUUUUGGCAUUUUUUGUUACUUCAUUUCAAAGCUUAAGAGACAUCUCAUGUGGCAUGCCAGGAUCUGCGCAUGAUGCUGCAGCAUUCCAGUCUUCAAUAUUGUACAUGGGUCAACACGCACUUCUGCAGGUUAGUAUUUCUAAGGGAUUCAUCUUUUGUUAUGUGUAGACUGAAAGUAUAAAGAUUUAACACAUGUUCCUAACUUAACAGCGUUUGUGUUUGAUGCUGUAGUUUCAAAGUAAGUGCUCGAUAUUUAAUACUUUAAAAUGUUUGGGGGAUGUCAGUAUGGCUCAAAAUACAAUAGAUUUAGACUUUUGCAUAUAUUUCACAUCCUUUUUACAAUAGUAAUCUAUAGUUCCCUUUCAUUCAGGCAAUACAGCAUAUAGGGGAUCAGGGUGUGCCUUUAUAUCUAGUUGGUGAUGCUGCAUACCCCCUACUUCCUUGGCUUAUGAAACCCUACCCAUCUGGAUGGCUCAUAGCUGCUGAGGAAGUAUUCAACACCACGUUUGGGCAAAUGCAGGUAGUGGUGAACAGGCGUUUGGCCACUUGAAAGGGAGGUGGCGGAUAUUUCUGAAACGGACUGAAGUGCAGCAUGAGUUUGUUCCCAAAAUUGCCACUGCCUGUUGUAUCCUGCACAACCUGUGUCAACAACAAAAUGAGGUGUUCAGGAAUCAGUGGCUGACGCCUGUGAGACAGACGGGGAAGGUUACCUUAGCCACCAGUUUCAGUUGGACACCAGCGAUCUGAGGAGGCUCGUGCUGUCAGACUCUCUUUAUUGUAAGUUUUGUUGGAUUUACCGUUGUGUUAAAUAUGAAUGAUGUUGUGACAGGGAACCCUCCCCUUGUGCCUAUUUAGUUAUUUAUGUAUGUAUUUCAUUUGUAUUUGUGUUGUUGUUGUUGUUGUUGUUAUUAUAAUUUGUAGUAUUAUUGUAUUGUAUUUGUAUGCAGACAGAUGAAAGUCGUCCAACAUCAUUAUUUAUUUUUUUGAGAUUAUUAUUAUUAUUAUUAUUAUUAUUAUUAUUAUUAUUAUUAUUAUUAUUUAUUUCUUAGCAGACGCCCUUAUCCAGGGCGACUUACAAUUGUUACAAGAUAUCACAUUAUACAUUAUUUCACAUUAUUUUUACAUACAAUUACCCAUUUAUACAGUUGGGUUUUUACUGGAGCAAUCUAGGUAAAGUACCUUGCUCAAGGGUACAACAGCAGUGUCCCCCACUGUGGACUGAACCCACAACCCUCCGGUCAAGAGUCCAGAGCCCUAACCACUACUCUAUCUUGUAAUAUGUGGAUGGGGUUGAAUCCCCAUCCCUGUAAAGCUCGUGGGAGUGUGGCUGGAGCGUUAAUAAGGUAACUGUUUAAUAGGUAAUUAAGGCUCCAGCCACAGAUGUAAAAUACCCACUCCAAGCUCAUUAUUUGUAGAGAGCUUAGAGGGUGUAGGAAAAAGACAGCAGUAUUGAGAAAAGAGAGAGUAAAUGCUACCCGCUAGAAAGGUACUCAUUUUGUUAACAUCCUUAUAGUCUGUCCGUUUUGCUUUGGCCAGUGUGCCCUCUUCUUUUGUGUUAUUUACAUCUUUAAUUUUGUAUUAUUUAUUAAAUACGAGCGCAUCAGCGCCAU